AUGGUCGUGAACAGGGCGUCCCAAAGCGACACCUCUGGAGAAAUCAAACCAGGCAGACAGCGUCCAGAGAAGCAAACAAUGGACGAGGUAGUCAUGGCAGAGGAGAUCCUCAAUUUGUCCAGCAGACUACAGAAGCUGCAGAGUAUCGCCUGGGACAAACAGAGGUUCGAAGAAGAUAAGGUGCUGUGCAACACGGGCGGCCUGACGGAGAUCCCGGUGAAGGCGCUGCCGGAGACGGUGGAGCAGCUGUCUCUAUCCAAGAACCACUUCCCAGUGAUCCGCAGCGACGCCUUCUCCGGGCUACGCUCGCUGCGCAAGCUGUCCCUCGACGGCAACAACAUCUCCGUCAUCAAGCCGUUCGCCUUCCGCGGCCUGCCGCGCCUGCGUGAGCUCUCCAUCCAGCACACGCCUCUGACGACGGUGGCGCAGUUCGCGUUCGCGGGCCUGCAGAACCUGACGGCCAUCCUGCUGGCGCACAACCGCAUCACCCGCGUCGAGGGCUACGCGUUCGCAGGGACCUCCAGCGUGCGGCUGCUGCUGCUCACCAACAACCCCAUGCAGAAGGUGGAGACAUCGGCGUUCUCCGGCAUGACGAACGUGGAGCGCCUCAUCUUCCCUUCGGGCAUCCGCAACGUGGAGGUGGACGCCUUCAACGGGCUGGACACGGUGGGCGUGAUCAAGAUGGCGUUCAUGGACCUGAAGUCGCUGCGCGCGCACACGUUCCGCGGCCUGAGCCACGUGCACGUGCUGUCCAUCCAGGAGAGCGACCUGGGCGUCAUCCGCGCCGGCUGCCUCGAGGGCCUGACGCACGUGGGCACGCUCAACGUCGUCAACAACAAGAUCGACGCCGUGCAGCAGCUCGCCAUCCGGCCGGCCAACCGCAUCCGCGCGCUCCGCUUCCUCGGCAACCACCUGCUCGAGACGCCGCGACCCGGCGCGCUCAUCAUUCAGGGCGUGGACACGAUGGCUGUGCACGGCAACCACUUCCCGUGCGACUGCCACGUCCACACACUGCUGGAGAGCGCGCUGGCCAACGGCAGCGCAGAGUUCCGCGCGCGCAACUUCUGCAUCUCGCCGCUCGAGAUGAACGGCAAGCCCAUCGCCGAGCUGGACCUGGAGGCUAUCGGUCGCUGCCAGGAGCAGGUGACGCGCGGCAACCUGGAGGCGCCGCUUGGAGCCGGCGCCGCGACGCCCCCGCAUCCAUCCUCAAGCUCUCAUCAAAUACUGUAUGGUCAGCAGCAGUGGAGAGCGUUGGACAAUAUGGAGGACCAGGGCGACACGUCAGUAGUCCUGCACAGAGAUAUUCACACCUGA